AUGAGUACAGAAAGAGACUCAGAAACGACGUUUGACGAGGAUUCUCAGCCUAAUGAUGAAGUGGUCCCCUACAGUGAUGAUGAAACAGAAGAUGAGCUUGACGAUCACGAACCGGCGGUGGAACCACAGCAGAAUCGGGUUAACAAAGACGCGGAGGAAACCCGGGAGCCGUUCAAAAAAGACUGUACAUGGCAAGUCAAAGCCAAUGACCGACGCUUCCAUGAACAGCCUCAGUUUAUGAACACAGUAUUCUUUUGCAUUAAGGAGAGCAAAUAUGCGAAUAAUGCAAUUAAAACAUACAAAUACAAUGCGUUGACCUUUCUACCAAUGAAUUUGUUUGAGCAGUUUAAGAGAGCGGCCAAUUUCUAUUUCCUGAUCCUUCUCAUCUUACAGGCAAUCCCUCAAAUCUCGACCCUGGCGUGGUACACCACGCUGGUGCCCUUGCUUGUGGUGCUGGGCGUCACGGCCAUCAAAGACCUUGUGGAUGAUGUGGCGCGCCAUAAAAUGGACAAGGAAAUCAACAAUAGGACGUGUGAAGUCAUUAAGGAUGGCAGGUUCAAAGUUGCCAAGUGGAAAGACAUUCAAGUCGGAGAUGUCAUUCGCCUGAAAAAAAAUGACUUCAUCCCAGCUGACAUCCUGCUGCUGUCGAGCUCCGAACCUAACAGCCUCUGCUACGUGGAAACGGCCGAACUGGAUGGAGAAACCAACUUAAAGUUCAAAAUGGCACUUGAAAUCACACACCAGUAUCUCCAAGAAGAAAGCUCACUGGCAACAUUUGAUGGUUUUAUUGAAUGUGAGGAACCGAAUAACCGACUAGAUAAGUUUACAGGAACACUAUUUUGGAAAAACACAAGUUUUCCUUUGGAUGCUGAUAAAAUUUUAUUACGUGGUUGUGUCAUCAGGAACACCGAUUUCUGCCAUGGAUUGGUCAUUUUUGCAGGUGCUGACUCUAAAAUAAUGAAGAAUAGUGGGAAAACCAGAUUUAAAAGAACUAAAAUUGAUUACUUGAUGAACUACAUGGUUUAUACGAUCUUUGUUGUUCUCAUCUUGCUUUCUGCGGGUCUUGCCAUCGGCCAUGCUUACUGGGAAGCUCAAGUUGGCAAUUUUUCCUGGUACCUCUAUGAUGGAGAAGACUCUACACCCUCCUACCGUGGAUUUCUAAAUUUCUGGGGCUACAUCAUUGUUCUCAACACCCUGGUGCCCAUCUCUCUCUAUGUCAGUGUGGAGGUGAUUCGUCUUGGCCAGAGUUACUUCAUCAACUGGGACCUGCAGAUGUACUAUCCUGAGAAGGACACGCCCGCAAAGGCGAGAACCACCACGCUGAACGAGCAGCUCGGGCAGAUCCAUUACAUCUUCUCAGACAAGACGGGGACCCUCACGCAGAACAUCAUGACCUUUAAGAAGUGCUGCAUCAAUGGGCAAAUUUACGGAGACCAUCGAGAUGCUUCUCAGAAUAGUCAUAGCAAAAUCGAGCCAGUGGAUUUUAGCUGGAAUACGUUCGCCGACGGGAAGCUCGCAUUUUAUGACCAUUAUCUCAUUGAGCAGAUCCAGUCGGGGAAGGAGCCAGAGGUGCAGCAGUUCUUCUUCCUGCUGGCGGUGUGUCACACCGUCAUGGUGGACAGGCUCGACGGUCAACUCAACUACCAGGCAGCCUCUCCUGACGAGGGUGCUCUCGUAAGCGCCGCCAGGAACUUCGGCUUUGUCUUCCUCGCCAGGACCCAGAACACGAUCACCAUCAGUGAGCUGGGCACGGAGAGGACCUACCAUGUUCUUGCCCUUUUAGACUUCAACAGUGACCGGAAGCGGAUGUCUAUAAUUGUAAGAACCCCAGAAGGCAAUAUCAGGCUUUACUGUAAGGGUGCCGACACUGUGAUUUAUGAACGGUUACAUCAAACGAAUCCUACGAAACAAGAAACGCAGGAUGCCCUGGAUAUCUUUGCCAGUGAGACUCUUAGAACACUGUGCCUUUGCUAUAAGGAAAUUGAAGAAAAAGAAUUUGAAGAAUGGAAUAAAAAAUUUAUGGCUGCCAGUAUAGCCUCAACCAACCGGGAUGAAGCUCUGGAUAAAGUAUAUGAGGAGAUUGAAAAAGAUUUAAUUCUAUUAGGGGCAACAGCUAUUGAAGACAAGCUACAAGAUGGAGUCCCAGAAACCAUUUCAAAGCUUUCGAAAGCUGACAUUAAGAUCUGGGUGCUCACUGGAGACAAAAAGGAAACUGCUGAAAAUAUAGGAUUUGCCUGUGAACUUCUCACUGAAGAUACCACUAUCUGCUACGGGGAAGAUAUCAGUGCUCUUCUUCAUACAAGGAUGGAAAACCAGAGGAAUAGAGGGGGAGUCUAUGCAAAAUUCGUACCCCAAGUGUAUGAACCUUUUUUUCCAUCUGGUGGAAACCGUGCCUUAAUAAUCACUGGUUCUUGGUUGAAUGAAAUCCUUCUCGAGAAAAAGUCCAAGAGAAGUAAGAUUCUGAAGCUGAAGUUCCCCAGGACAGAAGAAGAGCGGCGGCUGCGGACGCAGAGCAUGCGGAAGCUGGAGGUGAGGAAGGAGCAGCAGCAGCAGAGCUUCGUGGACCUGGCCUGUGAGUGUAGCGCGGUCAUCUGCUGCCGCGUCACCCCCAAGCAGAAGGCCAUGGUGGUGGACCUGGUGAAGCGGUACAAGAAGGCCAUCACGCUGGCCAUCGGCGACGGCGCCAACGACGUCAACAUGAUCAAAACUGCCCACAUCGGUGUUGGAAUAAGUGGACAAGAAGGCAUGCAAGCGGUCAUGUCCAGUGACUAUUCCUUUGCACAGUUCAGAUACCUGCAGAGGCUGCUCUUGGUGCAUGGCCGGUGGUCUUACAUCAGGAUGUGCAAGUUCCUACGAUACUUCUUCUAUAAAAACUUUGCAUUUACUUUGGUUCAUUUCUGGUACUCCUUCUUCAAUGGGUACUCUGCACAGACCGCGUACGAAGACUGGUUCAUCACCCUCUACAACGUGCUCUACUCCAGCCUGCCCGUGCUCCUCAUGGGGCUGCUCGACCAGGACGUGAGUGACAAACUGAGCCUCCGCUUCCCCGGCUUAUACGUGGUGGGACAGAGAGACUUGCUAUUCAACUACAGGAGAUUCUUCGUCAGCUUGCUGCAUGGAGCUUUAACCUCGCUGGUCCUCUUCUUCAUACCGUAUGGAGCCUAUACGCAGACCAUGGGGCAGGAUGGAGAGGCGCCCUCGGACUACCAGUCUUUCGCCGUCACGAUUGCCUCUGCUCUCAUAAUAACAGUCAACUUCCAGAUUGGCUUGGAUACUUCUUAUUGGACUUUUGUGAAUGCUUUUUCAAUUUUUGGAAGCAUCGCACUUUAUUUUGGCAUCAUGUUUGACUUUCAUAGUGCUGGGAUACAUGUUCUCUUUCCAUCUGCAUUUCAAUUUACAGGCACCGCUUCAAAUGCUCUGAGACAGCCAUAUAUUUGGUUGACCAUCAUCCUGACGGUUGCUGUGUGCCUGCUGCCCGUUGUUGCCAUUCGCUUCUUGUCAAUGACCAUCUGGCCAUCAGAAAGCGAUAAGAUUCAGAAGCACCGGAAGCAGCUAAAAGCCGAAGAGCAGUGGCAGCGGCGCCAGCACGUGUUCCGCCGGGACGUGUCCACGCGGCGCUCGGCCUACGCCUUCUCGCACCAGCGCGGCUACGCCGACCUCAUCUCCUCCGGCCGCAGCAUCCGCAAGAAGCGCUCGCCCCUGGACGGGGUCAUCGCCGACGGGUCGGCGGAGUACAGGCGCACUGUGGAGAGCUGA